GGGAGAUAACCUGCGAGGGGUGGAGGAGGCUCACCGCCGCGAGAGGAAGAUCCGGUAGAUCGGAGAAGAAGGGUUUGUCAGGGAGCGAUGGAUGAGGAGUACGACGUGAUCGUGCUGGGGACGGGGCUCAAGGAGUGCAUCCUCAGUGGCAUCCUCUCCGUCGAUGGCCUCAAGGUUCUUCACAUGGACAGGAAUGACUACUACGGUGGAGAAUCUACAUCCCUGAAUCUGGCCAAGAUCUGGAAGAGAUUCAAAGGCAGCGACACCACUCCUGACCAUCUGGGUGUCAGCAAGGAGUACAACGUCGACAUGGUGCCCAAGUUCAUGAUGGCCAACGGUGCAUUGGUACGUGUCUUGAUCCGCACCAGCGUGACAAAGUAUCUGAACUUCAAGGCCGUCGAUGGCAGCUUCGUCUACAACAACGGGAAGAUCCACAAAGUCCCUGCGACAGAUGUUGAAGCCUUGAAAUCUAACCUAAUGGGAUUGUUUGAAAAGCGCCGCGCUAGGAAGUUCUUCAUUUACGUUCAGGACUACGAAGAGGAUGACGCGAAGUCACACGAAGGCCUAAAUCUGCACAAAGUCACGACGAGGGAACUCAUCUCCAAAUAUGGACUGGAGGAUGACACGAUUGACUUUAUUGGUCAUGCAUUGGCACUUCACCGCGAUGACAGCUAUCUCGAUGAGCCCGCAAUUGACACUGUCAAGAGAAUGAAGCUGUAUUCGGAAUCAUUGGCACGCUUCCAAGGUGGAUCACCUUAUAUCUACCCCUUGUAUGGUCUAGGAGAGCUCCCUCAGGCAUUUGCUCGUCUGAGCGCUGUUUAUGGUGGCACAUACAUGCUUAACAAACCAGAAUGCAAGGUUGAGUUCGAUGAGAGUGGUAAAGCAUUUGGUGUGACAUCCGAAGGGGAGACGGCAAAAUGCAAAAAAGUUGUUUGUGACCCAUCAUACUUGCCUGACAAGGUGAAGAAGGUCGGAAGGGUGGCGCGUGCGAUAUGCAUAAUGAAGCAUCCCAUUCCUGACACCAAAGAUUCUCACUCCGUGCAGAUUAUCCUCCCAAAGAAACAGCUGAAGCGCAAAUCAGACAUGUACGUGUUCUGCUGCUCGUACGCUCACAACGUUGCACCGAAAGGCAAGUUCAUCGCCUUUGUGUCGACUGAAGCUGAGACCGACAAGCCUGAGAUCGAGCUGAAACCCGGGAUCGAUCUGCUCGGCCCCGUGGAGGAGACGUUCUUCGACAUGUACGAUCGAUACGAGCCUGUUAAUGCUGCUGAGGAGGACAACUGUUUCUUGACAACUAGCUACGACGCGACCACCCAUUUUGAGACAACGGUGAAGGAUGUGCUCGCCUUGUACAGCAAGAUCACUGGAAAGGAACUUGAUCUUUCCGUGGAUCUGAAUGCUGCCAGUGCCGGUGAAAAUGAUGCCGCUUGAACAUCUGUUGCUAGUAGAUAAUUUCAGUUUUCUUUCUUUCUUUGUCCAUCGAUUCGUUCAUAGAUGGAUCGGUCCCAUUCGAUCCAUUUCUUGCUUUUGGGCUUCCAUUUGUCCUUCCUGAUACAAAGUACAGUACCAUGGAUUAACUAUAUAUAUAUACGUCGAAUAAUCUCUGCAUUUCUUCA